CGGAAGUAGGUGUGUGCUAACGGAAAGGAGCAAAGUAAGCACACAUGAAGACAACCUGACGCUAACUCUCCGACCGUUACGACUCGGGUGAGACAGGUUUUGGUCUUGUUUCCAGCAGAGCCACAAUGUCUCCUGAUGAGCUGGUGUACUUAGGAAUACUUGCAGCCUCCAUUCCUCUGGGAUUCCUUUUCCGAUACUUCAGUCCUCCAGUAAAGCAGGGGGCAGCGUGUCUUCUGGGGGUCCUCAUCACCGUGGCAACCUGUCACGUCCACACCCUCCACUCUCUGCUGACGGUGGUGGGAACAUGGCUGAUCGUCAAGAGCAGCUGGAGGCUGGCCCCUGGACUGAGUCUCUGCUGGACCUUCCUCUACCUCCUCUUCUUCCGCCUGGUCACAUGGUUUGGUCUGCCCCCGCCCACGCCCUUUGCCAACGCCGUGCAGCUCCUCCUCACCCUGAAGAUGGUGAGCCUGGCCAACGAGGUGCACGCCUUCCACGCCAACAACAAACAGGAAGCCAGCGCCUCCACCAAGUCUUCUGUGAUUGGUUGUCUGUCCAGAGAGCCCUCGCUGUAUGACGUCCUGUCCUACGCCUACUGUUAUGUUGGCAUCAUGACAGGCCCCUUCUUCCGCUUCCAAACGUACUGGGAUUGGUUGCAGCAGCCCAGUCCGCUAGCGCUGCCCGGCUGGGCGCCCUGCCUGCAGCGGCUGAAGCCGGUGCCCGUGUUUGGCGCUCUCUUCCUGGCCGUCAACGCCGUCUUCCCUCUGGCCUACGUCCGCUCCGACCUCUUCCUGGACCACAACUUCUUCUUCAGGUUCUUCUACAUGGUGGCAGUGUUCUUCAUGUUCAGGAUGCGCUUCUACGCUGCCUGGUGCAGUGCAGAGGCCGGCUGCAUCAGUGCUGGACUGGGCUGCUAUCCUCAAGGAGCUCACUGCAAACCUGGGGGAGGUCCCACUGUCUGCUACAGCUCCAACGCGUCCGAAGAGGAAAAGUACGACUUUAAAACCAUCCAGAACAUCGACUGCUACAACACGGACUUCUGUGUGAAGGUGCGGCACGGCCUGCGCUACUGGAACAUGACGGUGCAGUGGUGGCUGCAUCACUACAUCUACCCCAACGCACCCUUCAGCUCCUACACGCUCAGGGCUGCAUGGACCAUGUUCAUCAGUGCCUACUGGCACGGCCUCCACGCCGGCUACUACCUGUCCUUCCUCACCAUCCCGCUGUGCAUCGCCGCAGAGUCGGCCAUGGAGACCUCGGUCCGAGUGCGCCUGGGUCCUGCAGGCCAGGCCCUCUUUGACCGGGUGCACUGGUUCCUGAAGAUGCGGGCCUACGACUACAUGUGCAUGGGCUUCGUGCUGCUGCAGGCCUCUGACACGCUGCAGUACUGGUCCUCCAUCUACUUCAUCAUGCACCUGCUGGCCCUGGCCUGCAUCCUGCUGGGCUCCGCCCUCAAGCCAGGUAGGAACCCAGACCCUCACCUCAAAACCCACUGACUUUUCUUCAUCAAGCUCAGAUGAACAUUUUUACUCCAAAUGUUGACUUUGACUAUUUCUGUGCUUUUUUACACGCCAUUCCACCCGAGCAGUGCCAUUUAUUCAACAUUCUCUUUGAUUGAUGUGCAACACAAUAUUUAGACUUCCAUUUAGCAGCUUCACAAUGUUAGCAUGAUAACAUUUAGCAUUUACCAAGUUUUAUGACCAAGGUGCACAGCGGCUAAAUGGACUAAAAAAAAAAAAAGUUAGCACAGUUAGCAUUUGUCACAUAUGAAAUGAUAUAUAUGACUGAGGUGUACAAUGGCAAAAACAGCUAAAAAGAGUUAGCAUGCUAAUUUUAGCAUGCUAACAGUUAUGUGUUAAGUAGCUAGAUAUAUGGCUGAGGUUUACGGCUGCAAAAUUGCCGCAAAAAAACAAAAACGUUAGCACGCUAAUGUUAGCAUGUGUCACGUAGCAAGGUAUAUGACUGAGGGGUACGGCGGCAAAAUUGGCUCAAAAAAAGUUAUUAGAGUUAGCAUUUGUCAAAUACCAAAUGAUAUAUAUGACUGAAGUGUACAACGGCAAAAUCAGCUAAAAGGAAGUUAGCAUGCUAACAGUUAGUAUGUGUUAAGUAGCAAGAUGUAUGGCUGAGGUUUGCGGCUGCAAAAUUGCCAAAAAAAAAAUAAGUUAGCACGCUAAUGUUAGCAUGUGUCAAGUAGCAAGGUAUAUGACUGAGGGGUACGGCGGCAAAAUUGGCCCAAAAAAAGUUAGCAUGAGUAUGCUAAAAGUUAACAAGUUAUAUGACUGAAGUGUAUGGCUGUAAAUUGGCUUAAAAAGUUAACAUGUGUCGUGUACCAAGUUAGAUGACUAAGUUGUACGGCAGCAAAAUUGGCAAAAAAUAGUAAUACAAUUUUGGCAUUCUAACAGUUGGCAUGCGCCAAAUAUCAGGUUCUAUGUCUCUGAGGAGUACAGCGGAAAAAUUGGCCCAAAACAAAAAAAGUUAGCAGAGUUAGCAUUUGUCAAACACCAAAUGAUAUAUCUGACUGAGGUGUACAACGGCAAAAUCAGCUAAAAAAAAAAAGAGUUAGCACGCUAAUUUUAGCAUGCUAACAGUGAGUAUGUGUUAAGUAGCAAGAUAUAUGGCUGAGGUUUACGGCUGCAAAAUUGCCAAAAGAAAAAAAGAAAAAGUUUGCGCGCUAAUGUUAGCAUGUGUCAAGUAGCAAGGUAUAUGACUGAGGGGUACGGCGGCUAAAUUUGCAAAAAAGUUAGCAUGAGUAUGCUAAAAGUUCAUAAGUUAUAUGACUGAAGUGUAUGGCUGUAAAUUGGCUUAAAAAGUUAGCAUGUGUCGUGUACCAAGUUAGAUGACUAAGUUGUACGGCAGCAAAAUUGGCACACAAAAAAAAUGUUAGCAUGCUAACAGUUGGCAUGCACCAAGUAUCAGGUUGAAUGACUCUGAGAAGUACAGCGGCAAAAUUGGCCCAAAAAAAGUUAGUAGAGUUAGCAUUUGUCAAAUAUAUAUAUAUGACUGAGGUGUACAGCGGCAAAAUCAGCAAAAAAAAAAGUUAGCACGCCAAUGUUAGCAUGCUAACAGUUAGUAUGUGUUAAGUAGCGAGUUAUACGACUGAAGCGUAGGACGACAAAAAAGUUAGUAUGUUAAUAUAAGUAUGCUAAAAGUUAGCAUAUGUAACGUACCAAGUGUUAUGACCAAGGUGUAUGGCUGCAAAA